UCAUCAUCUAUUAUCACAACCGACACACACUGUACACACCCUUAGCAAAAUGCGUUAGCAGCCACGAAAAUACACGGAAUAUCUCUCUUGUAGUAACAUCGUUUAAGGCAAGACGUGAACAAAGUACAUCGACAGCGCCGUACGCUGUCGGCCUGCCUAACGCCGUCCUGGAUGGUCGGCAAAUGGAUUUUUCUAGGAAUCUUGAUAUCGAUCGGCGGGGUUCAAUGUGCUGUCGCGGAAAAUGAAUUGAUUGGUGAGAACAGAGCAAGCUUGGAUGCGUUUCAUGACGCACAGAAAUGCUUUGACCAAGACCCGGGCGAAGACCUUUCACGACACCAUACGACAAAUAAAGACAUAACACGACAACAUACGAUACUUGAAAUCAUCAAAAAUCUUACGACGAAUGGCAUCACUCCUCAUCCGACAUUCAGCGAUAUACCGCAAGAUAAUCAUCCGACAUACAGCGAUAUAUCGCAAGAUAAUCACCCGACAAACAACGAUGAAUCGCUAUAUAACUACACGACUAGCGUCGUCAUGCCUAGAACUUAUCACACAAAGGACAUAAGAAGUCGAAAGGGGACUAAUGCCAUAAGAUACCACAAAGGUGUGUUGAGCCCCGAGGGUCCUAAUAGCACCGUGUCCGUGGCGCACCCUGUGGAGGAUGGCCCUGUGUUGAGUCCCGAGGGUCCUAAUAGCACCGUGUCCGUGGCGCACCCUGUGGAGGAUGGCCCUGUGUUGAGUCCCGAGGGUCCUAAUAGCACCGUGUCCGUGGCGCACCCUGUGGAGGAUGGCCCUGUGUUGAGUCCCGAGGGUCCUAAUAGCACCGUGUCCGUGGCGCACCCUAUGGAUGAUGAGCCUGUGUUGAGCCCCGAGGGCCCUCAUAGUGCGGUGUCUUGGAAGGACGUCAAACAGCGCCGCAGAGUACGAGUGGAGGCAAAACAUGAAAUCCAGAAACCAGAAACACCAGGCGCGGUUACAAAGCACCAGGGAAUUAGCGACAUCGACGAGCACUUUAGACAAGGACUGCGCAUGCGUCAACUAACAGAACUCUCUCCGCGCGUACAGCUAAGCGACUUCUGCACCGACCCAGUCCUUCUCAGCAAGGCGCUGAUGUCCUUGAUCAUGGGCGUGGUCGGUGGGGUGCUGAUCCGACGAUGGUACAACAGCCCCCGAGGAUUUUCGAGAAGGCAAAGAAGACGCCGCGCUCGGAGUUUGACGUUUACUCAGUUUUGCCGUGAGCUCGCUAAAGAGCUCGUUAUUGCCAUCCUGGGUUAUGACGCGUUUGUGGAAGUCAACUUCACGUUCUCUGGUAAGGAGUUUCGCCGUUUCACAUACCCCAAGCUCCGACAACUAAAACACCACUUGGUGUCUACUUGGAAUAAUUCGCGCAUGAUUGCCGAAGCAUGUCACAACACAAUGGAAGAUACCUUGACUGAGUAUUACAGCAAGGCUCGGCACAAGGCUUCAGAAUUAUGGCAAGAGGCUCUCGCAUACUUGGAGUAAUUCCAGGCAACUUUCUUUUAUUCAUUAUUCUAUGACUAUCUAUGACAUUGUUACAGAAACGGUAUCUCUUUUAAAGUUUUCAAAUAAAUCCUUUAAGCCAGAAAAAAUUAAAGCAAUUAGAAAUCUUACACGAAAAA